AUGACCGGUGUCUCGAGCGCGCUGUGCGGAACCCCGCUAGCGGCGCGGACCCGACCCACCGCAACUCUCAGAUCUUCGACCGCCCGACGCGUCAAAAACAACAACUGCAGGCGCGUGGUGCGCUGUGCCGUGCAGGAGCCCGAGGAGGACAUCGUCUCUCGCGCCGCGCGAGGGUGCGACCCCUCCAAUGAAGAAGAGUGCAUCAUCACUCCUCGUCAGGUCGUAAACGGCCUCGAGCUCCCCUCCUUCGAGGACGUCUCCACCGCGCACUUCCGCAUCCGCUCGGGCGUGGUGAGAACCAGGUGCACGCACAGCCGAACGCUCAGCGCGCUCACGGGCAUGAAAAUCUACCUCAAGCACGAGUGGGAACAGGCCACCGGUUCCUUCAAGGAACGUGGCGCGCGCAACUCCCUCCUCGCGCUCGAUCCGGAGCAAAAGAAGAAGGGCGUCGUUGCCGCCUCCGCCGGUAACCACGCGCUCGCUCUCGCGUACCACGGCCGCGAGCUCGGUAUCCCCGUCACCGUGCUCAUGCCCUCCAUCGCGCCCCUGACCAAGAUCACGAAGUGCCGCGCGCUCGAAGCCAACGUCGUUCUCGAGGGCGACACCAUCGCGGACGCCGCGCUCGCCGCCAGGUCCUACGUCGAGAACGACGGCAUGAAGUACAUCAACGGCUUUGAUGACUUCAACAUCAUUUCGGGCGCCGGCUCGGUCGGCCUCGAGAUUCUCGAGGACGCUAAGGACAUCGACGCCAUCGUCGUGCCUGUGGGAGGCGGCGGCCUCAUCGCGGGUAUCGCGCUCGCGGUCAAGACCAUCAACCCCAAGGUUCAGAUCAUCGGCGUCGAGCCCGAUCGAUGCCCGUCCAUGGCGGCGGCGAUGGCAGCGGGACAGGUUGUCAAGGUUCCGACGGCGCCGACGCUCGCCGACGGCCUCGCCGUGCCCACCGUCGGACCGCGCUCGUUCGAAGUGCUCAGACCAAGGGUCGAUAAGCUCGUCACCGUGUCCGAGAAGGACAUCUCUGUCGCGCUCCUUCGCCUGGUUGAGACUGAGAAGCUCGUCCAGGAGGGCGCAGGCGCCGCGGGAAUCGCCGCGUGCCUCGCCGGUAAGCUGCCCGAGCUCGAGGGCAAGAACGUCGCCGUCCUGCUUUGCGGUGGUAACAUCGAUACCUCCACCCUCGGGAACGUGCUCGAGCGCGGUCUGGUCAACGACGGCCGACUCAUCCGCUUCUCCGCGGUUGUGCCCGACAGACCAGGCGGCAUCGCCGGCUUGUGUGCCGUCAUCGCCUUCGUCGGGGCGUCCAUCAAGCAGAUCGUCCACGAGCGCGCCUGGCUCCAAGAGGACUCCCACGCUGUCCAGGUCGACGUGACCUGCGAGCUGACGGGCGACGAGAUGAAGGAGGCGCUGUACAAGGCCCUCUCUGAGAAGUAC